AUGGAGCUCUAUCCCAGCCAGGCCUUCCAGCCUCCAGAUCACCCCAUGGAGCUCUAUCCCAGCCAGGCCUUCCAGCCUCCAGAUCACCCCAUGGAGCUCUAUCCCAGCCAGGCCUACCAGCCUCCAGAUCACCCCAUGGAGCUCUAUCCCAGCCAGGCCUACCAGCCUCCAGAUCACCCCAUGGAGCUCUAUCCCAGCCAGGCCUACCAGCCUCCAGAUCACCCCAUGGAGCUCUAUCCCAGCCAGGCCUACCAGCCUCCAGAUCACCCCAUGGAGCUCUAUCCCAGCCAGGCCUACCAGCCUCCAGAUCACCCCAUGGAGCUCUAUCCCAGCCAGGCCUUCCAGCCGCUGGACAACCCUGCAGAACUCAGUCCCUGUCCCAGGCAGCAGGCAGCUCGGGCAGGCAGCUGA